UGCUUGUUGCUGGGAGGGGCCUCUCGGUCCAUUGGUUGAGCAGAAGAGAUCAUUAGUUAGGGAAUUGAGUUUACAGGCACUGGGGGAAAAAGCACAGUUCACGUGCUGCACAGCACACCCGGUUUUCAGGGAGAGAUUUAAAAAAAAAGUUUUGGCGACAGACAGUAUUUGAGUGAAUGGUAUAAGGUGAAAGAUUUGUCAAGAGGGAGGACUGACUGCCUUUAAAUGUUCUGCUGCUCUGUUCUGAAUAACAGUUUCUUCUUGGAGAGUGGAGUUAGAGAGUGUAGGCAGGAGUUUUUGGAAACUUGUUGCUGUGCAGCUCUGGAAAUUUGCUGUCCCCCUCAAUCCCCCUCUCCUGACGUCCUGCCUAACACCAGCUCUGCUCGGGAAUGGAGAACUCCACGGCUGUGGCCUUUAACGCGACCCCCGACCAGGCGAAACCAGAAGCCAUGACACAACUCAUGCCAACCAAUUACAAUGUGGACGAUGGAUAUUUGGAUGCCAUACUAGGAGCUGUCAUUGCUGCUGUGGUCCUGGUGCUGUUGUGCCUGGCGGUGGUAGUGAUUCGCUACAUGUACCGGCACAAGGGCACCUACCACACCAACGAGGACAAGGGCACUGAGUUUGCCGAAACAGCGGAUGCGGCGCUCCGGGGCGACCCGGCUCUUCAGGAUGCCAUGGACGAGAGCAAGAAGGAGUACUUUAUCUAAUCUGAGGAGUGGCGCCCCCUGCUGUUUACUAUGGACAUUAGGCUCCCAAAAUAUGUGUUUUGGGGUAUUUUGGGGUUGGAGAAUAGAAAGCUUGGAGAGUGGGUGAAAAUGACCUCGCUGUACUUAAGUGAAUAAUGUCCUAUCAGUUAAAGAUGAUCUGCUUCUAUCGCUAAAGGUCUCUGUUUCCUGAUGAGACUCUGGCUAAAGGUCUGUUUUCCUGAUGAGACUCUGGUCAGUGACUGAUUAGACAACAAUUUACCAAAGAGGCAUCUUACGAUAAUAUUUAUUCAGUAUUCUUCACACCUAACUGUUUUCCUCUUUAAUAUAUUUGGCAUAUCACCAAACAUAGAGAAACAAAACAUUGGCUUUGCUAUGAGGAGGCUAUAUUUGAAGAGUUGAUUUCAUUUGUGUUUUUCCAUCAGAAAUGAUUGCUUAUACAUGUGUGUGUAAAAUAUUACUGUACACAGAUUUUUUAUUCAUAGUUUUUAGAUG